AUGCACCAAUCCAAGAAUGAAUCACUCAAGAUUCAUAUGGUGAGGAAGAAGUUCAAGUAUGAAUACAUUGAUGUUAUAUUCGCUCUUGAAUUGGUUAAAUAUGGCCACAGCGAGUGGAUACAGAUUCAAGAGAUAAUUUAUAAACAAAUAGGUGUUCAGUCUCAAGAGGUAAAGUUGGCAAUUCAACACCUAAUCAACAAAGUUAAGAAGUUGAACUUAAUGCCUUCAGUUGGUCCCUCUCAGCCAUCUACCUCAGAAAGAACUGGUAAGCCUAGAUUUUCCAAAUACACUAAGUUCCUUCUUUCAUAUGGCACUCCCUACAUCAACAACAAGUUGUCAAUAGGUCUUUAA